AUGAACAUCCUAUUUUGUAUUCCAUUAGUCGCAUCAUGGAUUUUUGGGACAUGUCUGAUGAAUUUCCUUCUGCAUGGAAGGAUAAUUAGCCUUGUUAUUCUUGCAGCUGGCUGUUCAUUUGGAGAAAUAUUUUCGGCAUGGAUGUUCUUUAUAUUUUCAUUAUGGUUUGAACCAGAUAUACUACAUUGCAUGAUUCACAGUCUAACAUUGGUUCUUUUCGCAGCUGUUUUUAUGUAUUUAACCCCAAAACAGUACCGCAAACUAGCUUUUCCAAACAAACCAGAGAUACUUUUAGCGAUUGUCAUACCGUCAGUCUUUGUUUCGUUUUUAGAAUAUAUUUCAGUCGCUUAUAAAGAAAAUAAUUUUCGAGGUGCAGCUUAUGGCGAUACGCCAUUCCAUAUGAACAUUAUUUCAUCAUUUGCAUUCGGUUGCAACAAAAAUAGAAAGCGUUUAUUUCAAAUUACAGCUCCAUUUUUUGCAGGCGAAAUUUUAGCUUAUCCAAUCAUACCAAAUUUCUACUCAUCAGUUUUCAUUACAGGGUUCAACGCAAACUUUCAUCAGAGUAUCGUUUAUCCAUCAUUAAUUUUUAUUUGGGCAAUUUUUACUUUAAUUGUUUGUACAACAUACGCAUUUACACGUUCAGUAGCAGCAUGUGCAUUAUCUCCUGUAUUUUUCAUUUUUAUUGGAGGAACAGGAUUUUUAAAUUUAUUCAAAUUAAAAGGAAAAUCCCUCUUUUACACAGACUUCGUUCAUGUACUUGGCAAUGGAAAAUACGGUACUUUCUUCCAUUCUUUAAUUCACGUAAUAUUACCUCAAAGAGCCUCUUUAUUUGCUCUUCCUAUUUGUUGGUCGGUCAUUUAUAUCUUGAGUAUGAUGAAAUCACAGCUCGAUAUCAAAGCUUUUAUUGCAAUUGGCAUUUUAGUUAGUUCAUUACCACAAGUUCAAGGCCAUGCGUUAAUUGCUUUAUUCGAAUUUGGUGUAUGUUAUGCAGUUAUACGAUUCCCAUGGAAAGAUCUUUCAAAAGCCAAAUAUGUAAUAUUAAAUUAUUUGGUUAUGUGUUUCUUUGGCCUUUCACUCGGUUUAUUCCAAUUGAAACCAUAUAUGGGAAGGGUUCAAAAGAAAUUUAUGAGAUUUGAACCAGUUUGGGUCGAAUCUGGAAGACAAUUUAAUUUCUUUUCAUUUUGGUGGCUUGGAUUAGGCUGUUUUGGUGUUAUUGCACUUGCAAAUGGUGUAGUUAUACUAUCAUUAAGGCAAUUUAAAAUAUAUUUCCCUUCAUUAUUUGUAUUUUAUCUUUCAAACGUCAUUGUUUACCAGCCGUGGAACUUAGAUAACACCAAAGUCUUCUAUGCAGCAUUUAUUCCACUUGCUCUGCCUGUUGUCUCCAACUUUUUCGUUUAUAUUUAUAAUCAUUUCAGAAAAAAGUCACUUAUUGUAUUAAUUCCUUUAUUUUUAGGUACAACAUUCUCAGGAUUACUUGCUGUAAGAAUGUGUCUCGUUGAAUCCUAUAAUGUUUGGCCAGAUUUCAAGAAAGAUAUGGAAUUUGCAAAUUGGAUCAAGAAAAACACUCCAUAUAAUGCGACAUUUGUCACAGAUACAUGGCAUGGAAAUCCUGUUUCAACGUUAGCAGGGAGACAGUUGCUUUAUGGAUAUCUCGGAUGGAUUUCUUCACAUGGAAUUGAUUACACAGCAAGAUAUAAUGCUUUGAGUAAAUACAAGAGUAACAAGAAUAAUGUGAAAUUGCUGGAUAAUUUUGAUGUGACAUAUUACGUUGAAACACCAAAAGAAAAGCCAAUUACACCUUAUGAAGAGCAUUGGAAACAGAUUUAUAAAUUUGAAAACUAUAAAGUAUAUAAAAGGAUUAAUAAAACGACUUAA